AUCAGUGAGAUCAUCUAUUUAUUCAUCAUCAUAAAAAAUAAAAAUUUCUGAUCUCAUCUGAAAUGGCUAUGGCGGCUGCUACUGCUGAUAUCCUUGUGCCGAGGUUGGAAGAAAAGCACGAGGAACCACAACAGAAGAAGCAAGAGGAGGAAGACGCCCCCUAUCGCGAGAAAGUUGGCUUACCUUUGGAUGACGAACUUCAAGAGAAGAAGCAGAAGAAGACAGAUGAAGAAAAACAAGCCGUCCCAUAUCUUAGUGACGAUGACGAUGACGAUGAAGAUUAUUUUCCUGGUGAGCUCCCUGAUAUGACCCGUGCAGAAUUGGCUUUGUAUCAUCAACAGGUUGAAGAGAGCGGGGGCUUUGAUGUUGACGACUUCUCCCACUCUUUCGCAUGCGGUAGAAUUGAGAAGAUGGGAUUCAGGGGGGUCAUUGAUGAUGCUGAUAAGAAAGAACUUGGUGAAUAUUCUAUGGAAGCAAUCCACAAGUACAACACUGAUGAGAAGAAGAACUUUAAGUUCAAGGAGGUGGUGAAGGCAAAUGUGCAGUGCGUUGCCGGCCUCAUGUAUUAUAUUACCUUCAAGGCUGAGGAUGCUUCUACUGCUACUAUUGAAACCUUUCAAGCUAAAGUGUGGAGGGGAAUUGGAUUUGUAGAGGUCAUAUCUAUUAGAGUAAAGCCCAUCUCUAUCACUAAGCAAGGAAAUGAAGACUUGGCAAUAUGCUGUUCGCGAGGUUCAUGAAGGUUGCUGGCAGUAUUUUUCUAUUUAAGUCAAAUGGAGGGAAAACACUUUUUAAGUCUGAAUUUAAUAUUAUGUAUGGUAAGUUUAGGUUGAUAUUAUGUUUUUGAGACUUGUUAAAUUAUGCAUGGAUGUUCUACUCAUAGGUUGCCGAAUGUGGCCUUUUUCAUCAAAUGUCAAGCAAAGAAAAUGCCUCCUUUAGUUUCCUUUACUAAAGGGUUAACUUGACAAUAUUAAGGAUGGGGACUGGGACAUUGGAACUACACUUGUCCAUUGCGUCUUUGAA